UCCCUCCCUCCCGGCCGGCUCCGCAGCGUCGCGCAGGCGCCCCGGGGGCCGCGCCGAGUGAGCCACUCCUGCUCUCUCUCGAGGAGUCAAAAUGGCGCCGAGGGGAACCCGAAGCAGUCGUGGAUCCCGAACCUAAAUGGAUGAAAAGAGGCUUUUGGAUCCAGGGUUGAAGGCUCAAAAUGGAUUGUGGGAUUGUCCUCUGAAGAGCCAGCAGGUGAAAUGCCUGAGUGACUGAAGAAAAUGGGUGCUAAUGCAUCUAACUAUCCCCAUUCAUGUUCCCCAAGGGUAGGGGGAAACCCACAAGCCCAACAAACAUUUAUAGGAACAUCAUCCUAUUCUCAUCAAGGCUAUGGAUGUGAAUCAAAAUUAUAUAGUCUUGACCAUGGCCAUGAGAAGCCACAAGACAAGAAAAAGAAAACCUCUGGCCUUGCCACCCUCAAGAAGAAAUUUAUUAAACGUCGGAAAUCCAGCCGCUCUGCCGACCAUGCUAAGCAGAUGCGAGAACUCCUCGGGUGGGAUGUAAGAGAUGUCAAUGCAUUAGUAGAGGAAUACGAGGGAACAUCGGCCUUGAAGGAGCUUUCUCUGCAAGCCAGCUUGGCCCGACCAGAAGCUCGAACACUGCAAAAAGAUAUGGCUGAUCUUUAUGAGUACAAGUAUUGUACGGAUGUAGACUUAAUAUUUCAAGAAACUUGCUUUCCUGUGCACCGCGCCAUUUUAGCAGCAAGGUGUCCCUUCUUUAAGACCCUGCUUUCUUCUUCCCCAGAGUAUGGAGCAGAGAUAAUAAUGGACAUCAAUACAGCAGGUAUAGACAUGCCCAUGUUCUCUGCCUUGUUACACUAUCUUUACACAGGAGAAUUUGGAGUGGAGGAUUCAAGAUUUCAGAACGUUGAUAUACUAGUGCAGCUCACUGAAGAAUUUGGAACACCAAAUUCACUUGAUGUAGAUAUGCGUGGACUAUUUGAUUAUAUGUGUUACUAUGAUGUUGUCCUCAGUUUUUCGUCAGACUCUGAACUAGUUGAAGCUUUUGUGGGAAACCAGAACUGUUUAGAUGAAGAGCUUAGAGCUCACAAGGCUGUUAUUUCAGCACGGUCUCCAUUUUUUCGAAAUUUAUUACAAAGGAGGAUACGGACUGGUGAAGAAAUUACAGACCGAACAUUGCGGACUCCCACUAGAAUUAUACUAGAUGAGUCCAUUAUACCAAAAAAAUAUGCUAAAGUUAUUUUAAACUGUAUGUAUACUGAUGUAGUUGACCUCUCAGUUUUGCACUGCAGCCCUUCUGUGGGGAGUCUGAGUGAAGUUCAGGCUCUGGUAGCAGGAAAGCCAAAUUUGACUAGGGCUGAAGAAGCAAUGGAGCUUUAUCACAUAGCACUGUUCUUGGAAUUUAACAUGCUUGCACAAGGCUGUGAGGAUAUUAUUGCCGAGAGCAUCUCAUUAGAUACCUUAAUUGCUAUCCUCAAGUGGAGUUCUCAUCCGUAUGGCUCCAAGUGGGUGCACAGACAAGCUUUACAUUUCCUCUGUGAGGAAUUUACUCAAGUCAUGAUUUCGGAUGUUUUUUAUGAACUCAGCAAAGAUCAUCUUCUUAUUGCUAUCCAGUCUGACUACUUACAGGCAAGUGAACAAGAUAUCCUUAAAUACCUUAUUAAAUGGGGUGAACAUCAGUUGAUGAAAAGAAUAGCAGACAGAGAACCAAACUUAAUAAGUGGUACUGCUCAUAGUGUGAACAAGAGAGGUGUAAAGAGACGUGACCUAGACAUUGAGGAGCUUAGAGAGAUACUGUCUUCUCUCUUACCCUUUGUCCGAAUUGAACAUAUUUUACCUAUGAACAGUGAAGUCCUGAGUGAUGCGCUGAAGAGAAGCUUGAUUAGUACUCCUCCAUCAGAUAUGCUGCCUACAGCUGAAGGUGGAAAGUCAAAUGCAUGGUUACGUCAAAAAAAUGCUGGAAUAUAUGUUCGACCAAGACUGUUCUCUCCUUAUGUCGAUGAAGCAAAGUCAGUGCUAGAUGAAAUGAUGGUGGAACAAACAGACCUUGUUCGAUUACGGAUGGUUAGAAUGUCCAAUGUUCCUGACACACUUUACAUGGUAAACAAUGCAGUACCACAGUGUUGUCAUAUGAUCAGUCACCAGCAAAUAAGCAGUAACCAGUCCAGUCCUCCUUCAGUUGUAGCCAAUGAAAUUCCAGUUCCUCGUCUCCUUGUUAUGAAAGAGAUGGUCAGACGUCUGCAGGAGCUACGCCACACUGAGCAGGUGCAGAGAGCAUAUGCUCUAAACUGUGGAGAAGGUGCUACUGUCAGUUAUGAAAUUCAGAUUAGAGUAUUGCGAGAGUUUGGUCUUGCAGAUGCUGCUGCAGAGCUUUUGCAGAAUCCUCACAAGUUCUUUCCUGAUGAACGUUUUGGGGAUGAAAGUCCACUCUUGACCGUGAAACAGUCUGGAAGAUGUCGAGUUAACAGUACUCCCACUGCAGAAACCAUGUUUACAGAUCUAGACACUUUUGUGGCCUUCCAUCCACCCUUGCCUCCUCCACCACCUCCCUAUCAUCCUCCAGCUACUCCACUUCACAGCCAGUUCAAAGUUGGUUGGAAACAAAGAGCUCCUCCCAGUCAACAUCCUUCACGUUCUUUUUCUUAUCCUUGCAACCAUUCACUGUUUCAUACAAGAACAGCUCCCAAAGCUGUCCCUCCUCCAGUCUAUAUACCUGGUGUCAAAGCAGAACCACCAGACUGCACUAACACUACAGGAUCAGGGAGACAAACAGUCGCUGCAACUGCAACAGUGAUGACAGCUGAGAAACAAGGGUGUACUCAGCCUAUGCUCAAUGAGCUGAUGCCAGAUAUAGCCAUGGGCGUGUCAACAAUAUCACUCAAGGACAGGAGGCUGCCUGAACUUGCUGUUGACACAGAAUUAAGCCAACCAGUUUCCGAGGUAGGACCAGGACCUCCCCAACACAUAUCAUGUAUCCAGCAGAGGCACAUGAACACUUCUCGAAAGAAACACACACUAGAGCAAAAAACGGAUGUUAGAGAAAAUCAGCAAGAAUACCCAGAUUUCUAUGAUUUCUCAAAUGCUGCUUGCAGACCUUCUACUCCAGCUCCUACCAGGCAUACCCCUUCACCUCCACAAGGUGUAUAUUUUGGUCCAGAUUUAUAUAGCCACAAUAAGGCAUCACCAAGUGGCUUAAAGUCAGCAUACCUACCUAACCAGAAAUCCCCUAAAAAGCAAGAAGAAACUAGGAGAGAAUAUAUGCUUUCUCAAGAUGGGCAUCAACAGAGACAAAAGAAUGAGCCAGUACACCUUGAUGUUGUAGAACAACCACCCCAGCGGUUGGAUUUGGCAUUAGCUGCCCAGGAAAAUGCUAGUAAUGGUCCAGCUCAUGUCAGGGGACGAACAAAAAUGGAAACUGAUUUGACAUAUGGGCUUACUUCUAAUAGAACUUCACUCUCUGCAUGUAGCUCUGAAGCUCCAGAAGAGAGAUCCAGGAGGAGACUGGCAGACAGUGAGUCCUUGGAACACGGAGCCCAGAGAAAUACAGAGUUGGAAAGGGAAGACUCAGUAAACAGAGGAAGGAGGUCUCCAAGCAAACCAGAUUUUUUAUACAAAAAGUCUGCCCUCUAAAAGUAACCUCCAAAUGGUCUGUGCUUGAGAUGUGGAACAUCCCAUUUUAUGACACAACCGGACAACUUUCAGACAAGUUUCUUAAAGCCAGCAGAUAACUCAGUUUCACUUUAUUUUGCUCAAGUUUUUGUAUAUACAGUGUUGAUUAGACAUAGCAUGCUAUGAGGGUUUGUUUGUUUUUUUAAAUGCUGCAUCUGGUUUUAUUUUGUGUUUUGAGCAGUUGUGUUGAGGAAGCCUUUUUAAGAGAAACCAAGCUGGCACUUUUUUAAAAACAAAAUUUUUUGCACCUGUACAUUUAUUUUACCCAUAUUAAUUUUUGUAUCACCAUGUUAAACUUUAUUGCCACAUUUAAAGGACUGUAUUUUCAUAUUUUUUUUGCAUUUUACCUUUCACCUACCAAUUUCCAUGUGCAGUGGGUUGCACACUGAAAUGUAUUUUCUUAUGAAAUAGUUAGAAUGUGUUUAUUUUUUAAUUAUAGGAAUUCCAAAGAACAGCACAUCAAAAUGCUCCUCUCUUUUUAGUACUAGUUUUAGUUCAGAAAUCUGCCUGGUCAGUCUCUGCUAAAAGAAUUUGUUGUCAUCCUUUUUAAAUAAGUUGUGGGAGCUAGUAUCUCCAGCUAGUGUCCACCCAGGAUCCUGAAGUUUCUGGUUUAGUGAAGAAUGCUGAAGAAAAAAGCUUUCCUUGCCCAAUCUAAAACUAUUAGUGUAGUUACAGCAUGAACUCUUAAGUUAGAAUCGUUGUAAGUUCAAGUAACAAAUGAGAAUUUCACUAAAUAGGGUCUUAAUCAAAGUCCUUCUAAACUUGAAACAUUGAAGAUGUCAGAUUAACAUGAGACACUGCUAACUAGAUUUCUGGUUCUGAGAGCAAAUUCUUCAGCUGAGAGGGGUGAGAUGAUUGCUUAUUGCCUUCAGUGGUCUUGCUGCCUAUUGGGGAACAAAUAAAAGGGCUUCAGUCUUAAGGAUGUCAUUUGAUGUUUGUAGGGAUAUGUAUACUUUUAAAUGUUUUUAAUGUAUGUCUAAUGAAUUUUGGUGUCGUGUGAAGAAAGUUCUGUGUUGCAUAAUGCUUUAAAUCACCAAAAGAAAAAAGAAAAAAAAGUUACACACUACAUGUCCUACUUGAACUCCUCUGGGGAUGCUGGUUUGGGCAUUUACCAAACUAUUGCAGCACUUAGGAUAUUUUAAGAUCCUCUCCCUAGGAAGAGCAGUACAUGAACUAAGGACUGUUUUUUCCCUCAACCUUCCAUGUAAAUAUACUGAUGUUUUAGGUUUGGUUUGGUUUGGUUUUUUUAAAUCAAUUCUUCAACGUUAUUUGUGUCAGUUUUGUAUUUCACACACACAUAUAUUCAACAGUAGUACUUGGAUAAAUAAAAGAGGCUUCCUGAAUAUUCCAUCAUAUAUUAAUAUGUUACACACAUGAAUCCACUCAUUGACACUCACUCUUAAACUAUGCAGGGCUAGGGGGCCUUUACAAGCUACCGUGUAAAUGACCUACAUGCACUUUUAAGUACAUACAUUUUUACUGGGUGAUAACAGCUCUGAUUUCUUUCCUGAUUAACUGUAGUUCUUCCUGCAGAUUUUUUCCUACUAUACCCUGUGGAUGUACACUCAGGAAUAUCUCUUGACGUUUUUUUAAUGCUAACAAUAGAUAGUCACAAAGACAGGAACAUGUGCUUAUAUUAUACCCAGAUAAAAUUGCUGCCAAGUUGUUUUGCUAUCUAGUUGACUGCUCUUAUUAAAUUUUGAUUUAGAUCAUGUUGUAUAUUUCAUUUGAGAGGUCCAAGGGUAAACGCUAACCUGCUUAUAAGGUAGACCUACUCAUUGCCUUAAAGGCUUUUUUUUCUUUUUCUUUUUCUUUUUUUUUUUUAAGAUAGAGAAUUAUGACGAUUCAUUGUCUUACUUAAGGGUCUAAACCAUAUAGUAGAUGAUAUAAUCUUUAAAAGUCUGACAGCAAGUCUGGCUUUAAUCAAAAAACAGGAGUUAAUGAUUCCAGUCUAUUCUCUAGUGUUUAUUCAUAUAUAUUAACAUUAAUCAGUUGGAUACAGUUAGAAGUUGCUGCUCUGGAUCAGACCAGAGUUGUACUGGUAAUGCAAAUGAGACUUCCAUUUCCCUGAUUUUUUUUUUAAAUCUUCCUUGUCUCUAUUCAGAUUAUGCAUUAUUUUGGCUGGUAGUAUUGAAACCUACACAUUCACUUUUAAUAAAAAUUAAUAAAAAUUCCCUUCCACAUCACCCAAAUUAUUUUAAAAUGACCACUGCUCAUAAUUUGAUUUACUUACAAAAUCUACAUUUUCAGCUAAGAAUUAGUUUGAAUAACUGACUAAAAUAUUCAUAUGGGGAAAAACCGCUUUAGUGUAUGGUACUAUAGACUGAUGUAACAUGCAGAAGGAUACUGUGUCUGUGAUGCAUGUAUCUUGUUAGAUUAAUUAUCAGUUAUCUUGCUGUAUUUUGUAGUAUGUAACUUGUGGAGUAAAUUGAAUAGCUGUGUGCCAGUGGCUUUUGAACACAUCUAUUAAAUCUUUGUAUGCUGUGAUAAGAUAAAUGAGAUUACUGCAGAAGGCUGCUUUUGAAAAACAGUGUAUACUUAAGGGCCACAAACAGUGGGAUUUUAUAUGAUACAAAAGCAUUUAAAAAUAACCAAAUCACAAAAAUACCAGAUCUCCGUAAGACAAUCGGCCGCUCAGACAAUCUCCAUUUUCAGUACUCAUGGCAUGUUAAAGAGUGGGUAGACAACUCGUAUUGCUCUCAGUGUGGAAGAAGAAAAGAUACUACCUUCCUGAAAGUGCUGUUAGUAUUUGUUUUCUUCUUAGUUUAGUUUUAUAAUUUUAUUAAACAAUCAUUGGGGGGAAAUGGCAGUGUAUGGUGUCAUAAAAAUUAGUUGUGGAACUUAAUAUUUUUAAACCCGUGGCAUAAUAUAGUCUUCACACUAUGCCCAUUAGCUUUCCCCAAGUAAACCUUGGGCCUCUUGAAACCACUUCAUUUAUCACUUAAACAUUAAGGGCUUUACUAGAAGCUCUUUGUAAUUAAGUCUUCUUGUAGAAAUUAUGUAUGAAACCUUGCCAAAUUCUUGUAAUUCAUGUCGUAUGAGCUUUCCCCAAUUUUUUGUUCACUUUUUAUUAUCAUAGUGAUCUUUUAUGGAAUUUUCUUUUUGUUUUUUUAGAGAGGCUUUUCACUAAAGUUGAGUGGGCACGGUAUUUGUAUUAACUGGAAAUAGUGUAAUGAGAGGGAGAAAAGACUGAUAACCAUCUACAGAAACUUAGGUUAAUAAAUCUCUUAAUACCUCAAUCUCUAAAGGCAAAGAAUUCAGUUUCCUCAAUAACUAUUGGUUAUUAAACUUAAUUGGUUUCAUUAGAGAAGAAAUUUAAGUUUGCCUAUGGGAGGGGGGGCACCAAGAAGAGAAAUCUGUGUUUCCUGACGCACUUAGGAGAUGGCUUAGGAAUUCUAAGAUUGCAAUCUAAUACUGAAUUCAAAGGGAGGAAUAUUUAUUUUCUUUUUUUAUUUUCUUUUAAAUCAAUGUAGCGUCAUGGGUGCUAAUUCCCCUUCUGUGUGGUUUACUAUGUGUACUAAUUAUUUUAAAACCUCAUCACAAAUAAGCUUACAAAAAUGGUUAGAGUACACACUGCUUAAAAGUAUUUUUCUUAUUUUGUUAAUGCCCUAAGAAUAACUUUUUUCUGAAGUUGUAGCUGUCUAUCUUUUUUGUCCCAUAGAUUACAAGUUUGUUGGUAAUUAUUGCAUUGGCAAGGCCUUAAUUGAUUUUCCCCUUUGUCUAUUCCCUCUAUUCCCCCCCCCAAAAAAAAGUAUCCUGUCAUUUGUUCCAUGGUCUCAAUAUUAAGAUGCUGUGGCCCCUCUUAUAGAAAGGAUACCUAUAAGUAUUCUAUUUGUCUUGAAAAUUCUUGAAAGUGAUUGCUUGUCUUUAUGUGGUUCUUUUUAAGAGAUUAGACAUGAUGUGGAGGCAUCAUUUGUGUGGCUGUUCAUGACCGUGUGUCUGUUUUAAAAUGUGCAGGUGGUGGGAAAACCUGCCCAUGGAUAUGGGGUACCUGAAAGAUCAAGAAGGUAAAUCUACAGUUGGCAUAUAGUAAUCCACCUGUAUUUCUGAGAGGUGGUAUCUUCUACAAUACUGCAUUUCUUGGUGUUGUGCUGUUACUGGUAUAAAGUCAAGUGCCUUCAAUGUUAAAGGCUCAGAAAAUUUUCUUAAACCGAUUUCAUGUCCUAUGCAAGUGUUUUCUACAACCUGCAUAACCAGUACUUUGUAAAACUUGUUUACGCUUCAAUUGUAUAUAGUGUUUUUAAAAAAAAAAUAAUAUAUAUAUAUAUAUAUAGUAUUUUUAUUUAGGUACCUCCAAACUUGAAUUCCAGUCUGUGUGAUGCAUUGUAAAACAAUACAUUUCUCUUUUGAGUACCAUUACAGUUGUACAAAGGUUUUCACUGGUUCUAUUUUUCUACUGUUACUGAAAAGCAUGUAACACUGACUUUAUCCUACAUAUAGUUGGCAUUUCAAAUAAAUGGAUUGUAUAGAAA